UAACACUACCGCCUCAACCGCAGAGAUGAACGGCCACCUAAACCCUCCUUCAGUCUGGAUAAAGGCCCAGACUGACGCCGGGCGGACCUAUUACUGGCAUAGGGACACGAAAGCGACGCGAUGGGACACGCCAGAAGAGUUCAUGGAGCCCAUCGAGCGCGCGCUCAUCGGCACACCGUGGAAGGCCUACCAGAACGACGCCGGCAGGCGCUACUACGCUCAUAACGAGACCAAACAGACUUCUUGGGAGAUUCCCGCAGAGGUCGCUGAGAAUUUGAAGAAGUUUCAGCCUCCGGUUCGGCCAGCAGCUGCACAUGCUCCAGCCUUUGUCGCCGGUGGCCCUAUGCGCCCUCCUCAAAACAACUACCGAGAUCGCGAUGAUUAUGAACGCAAUGACCGCAUUGGCCCGGACCGACAGAUUGGAUAUCGUGCCGACCCCGAACGUGGAUACCGUGCCGACCCCGAGCGGAGUGCCAACCUGACUUCCAUAACUUCCCAGACCGACCCAGAAUACAGCUCCUUCGAAGAAGCAGAAGCGGCCUUCAUGAAGCUUCUGAGGCGGGUUGGCGCGCAACCUGAGUGGAGCUGGGAACAGACCGUUCGUGCAACCGUCAAGGAUCCACAAUACCGAGCCUUGAAGGACCCCAAAGACCGAAAGUCGGCUUUCGAGAAAUACGUGGUUGAGGUUCGCGCACAAGAGAAGGACAAGGAGAAAGAGAGGCUCGCGAAACUCCGUUCCGACUUUUCUUCAAUGCUGGGCUCCCACCCUGAGAUCAAACACUACACUCGUUGGAAGACUGCUCGCCCAAUUAUCGAGGAUGAGAGCAUAUUCCGGUCUGCGAAGUCUGACGAUGAGCGAAGACAGCUAUUCGAGGAGUACAUUGUGGAUCUCAAGAAGUCAAACGCAGCAGAGGAGGCCAAGAACCGAAGCGCGGCCUUGGAUGAGCUCAUGGAAAUUCUGCGUGCUCUAAACCUUGAGCCAUAUACGCGAUGGUCGCACGCCCAGGAAAUUCUCCAAUCCAACUCACAUAUCAAGAAUGACGAGAAAUUCCAGUCACUUACUAAGUUGGACAUACUGAAAGCUUUUGAUAAUCACAUCAAGGCACUCGAACGAAGCUUUAACGACCAGCGUCAAAAGCAGAAAGCUUUGAAGACUAGACGGGAGAGGCAGGCCCGAGAGGGGUUUCUCAGCCUUCUGAAGGACCUAAAAUCGGAGAAUAAGAUCAAUGCCAAUUCGAAGUGGACGGAAGUUCAUCCGUUGGUCGAGAAUGAUGAUCGGUACACUGCAAUGCUUGGUAACUCUGGAUCAUCACCUCUAGAGCUCUUCUGGGAUUUGAUCGAAGAAGAGGAUAGAGCGCUUCGUCUGAGGCGUAACGAGGCUAUGGACGUUCUGGAUGACCAACACUUUGAAGUCACACCUAAGACUACCUUCGACGAGUUCCUCUCUGUUAUGAAGACUGAUCGACGCACAGCUGAUCUCGAUAGCGACUAUGUGAAACUCAUCUUCGAGCGCAUCCGCGACAAAGUGAUGAGACGAAGCGAAGACGAGAAGCAUCAUGCAGAACGCCACCAAUUGCGCAUCUUCGACAAACUUCGCUCCAAGAUCAAGCAUCUCGAACCACCUGUCGCAUUGGGGGACACUUGGGACCAGGUACGUCCCCGCCUUGAAAAGUUUGAGGAAUAUCGUGCUCUUGACUCGGAUGAGCUUCGCCGUUCUGCAUUCGACAAGACCAUGCGGCGCCUCAAGGAGAGGGACGAUGAAGAACGACGCGACCAUCGACCCCGGGAUCGCGGUGACCGAUACAGCAGCCAUCGUGACCGCGAACGCGACUACCGAGAUAAUCAUACUGACUCCCACCGUCGUCGCCGGACCCGGACCCGCUCCCCAGAGCGAGACGCCUACCAGGAGGACCGUAAAAAGGCGCAGGAGAACCGGGAGAAGCAGUAUCGCAAGGGUGGAAGCAGCACCGGUCUGUCCCCGCCGUACCGGCGCGACAGAGACGACCGCGAGCGUGAUCGUACGAGAGAUCGAGGAGACAGGUAUGAUAGGGGAUCCAGACAAGUUAGUUUGAGCCACUAUGACCGCGAACGCAGAGAGCGCGAGGCCGAACGGGAGCGCGACUACGUCAGCCGUGCGGAUCCUCGGGACCGCGGCAGCGAGCUCGACUAUGGUGACAGCCGUCCUGGAAGCAUGAGACGCCGUAGGGAUAGCGAUGUGGGCAGUCCUGGCAGUAGGAGAGAUAACAAGCGCGUGCGCCGUUCUCGGACUCCCGCAGCCCCGCCUACACCUGCUCCCGCAGCUGAAGACCCAGGCCUCCGAUCUGGUAGCGAAGAGGGCGAACUGGCCGAAGACUAGCUUUAGCGCUUCACCCGCUUGGGUCGAUCAGAUCAAUUCACUUUCACUUUCGGUACGUGUUCACUUUCACGAGAAACUUAACACUUUCUCUUUUCUUCCCUAGCCCAUGUUCUCUAUUCCCCUAAAUGGAGUUUAAUUCCAAAACUUUUGGCACUGGGCGGUUUGCAGGCGGAUGAUUGAAACGGAGAGGACUAGCACUAGGGAUUCUCCUAGUGCAGUAGUUGGGAGUAGUCUAGGUUGAAAAAUGCAGAUAACUCCACGAAUUCGUCUGCGCUC